AUGACAUCAAAGAAACAAAAAUCAUCAAUAGAUACAAUAACACCAACACCACCAAAUACAACUACUACUACAACAACAACCUCAACAACAGCAACAACAAAAGAUAAAAAGAAAAGUAAAAAACCAAAAUCUAGCGGAUUAACUAAAGUAGGAGCAGAUAUUAUAGAAUUACAAGCAUCAUUAUUGAAUAGACCAGCAAGAAAACAAGCUACACAUGUAAAUUCAAGAUAUGAAGAUCAUGAUACAGAUACCACUGAAUACAAUAUAUGGUAUCAUAAGAAAUUAGGUAAUAGAAAUUGGAAAGAUAGAGAUGUUUCAGAGACUAGAUGUAAUGUUUUAAAGGAUUGUGGUAAAACACGUGCUAAUAAAGACGCAAAUUUCUGUUGUUACUUUGCAAGGGGUAAAUGUAUAAAUGGUGCCGACUGUACAUCCCUUCAUCGUAUACCAACUCCUGAAGAUGAUAAACGUCUAAGAUUAACUCAUGAUAUAUUUGGUAGAGAAAGACAUAAAACUGACAGAGACGAUAUGAAUGGUGUUGGUAGUUUUAGUAGAGAUAAUAGAACAUUAUAUAUUGGUGGUAUUAAAACCAAUGUUAGUGGAUCACUUGAAGAUAUGGUAAGAAAGAAUUUUGAAGAAUGGGGUAGAAUUGAAUAUGUUCGUGUAAUUACUAAUAGAUCGAUAUCAUUCGUUAGAUAUUUAACAAGAUCGUCAGCAGAGUUUGCCAAGGAGGCAAUGACAGAUCAAACAUUGGAUAAUGGUGAAUUGUUGAAUAUUAGAUGGGCAACAGAGGAUUCGAAUCCAUAUGCCAAAAAAGUGGAUGAAAGAAAUUUACAUAGAGUUGCAACAGAGGUUAUAAAUAAGAGAAUUAGAGAGAUGACACCAGAUGAUCAAUCUGCUCUUAAAUAUCAAAUGACUGGUCAAUAUCCAAAUACUGAUCAACAAUAUGACCAAAAUGGUCAACCAAUUAAUGCAUCCCCCUCGACACCUUAUCAAUUACAAUAUCGUGGUAGUACUAAAUAUGAAGCUCACCCAUAUGCAAGACAAUACAACAAUGAUUUACAAAAGAGAGUACAAUCUGGUGAAACGGUCGAUGUUGCACCUUUAAAUGGUGUUGGUAAUUAUUAUAGUCAUUCUGUUGGUACUAUGAAUCAAGAACUUCAAAAACAACAAUAUGAUAACUAUAUGCAACAAUAUUAUCAAGCUUAUGGUUAUGAUUAUUCAAAACUUUCUGAUGAUCAAAAAUUACAACUUCAACAAUAUUUUCAAUCUUAUUAUUAUGGUAAUCAACAAGAACAACAACAACAAGAAACUCAACAAAUUCAAAAUAAUAAUGAAAAUAAUAAUGAUAAUGAAGAAGAAGAUGAUGAUGAUGAAGAUGAUGAUGAUGACAACGAAGAUGACGACAAUGAUAAUGAAGAAACAAAAGAUAAUAAAAAUGAUAAAGUAGAAAACAAAGAAGAAGAAAACAAAGAGGUACAAGAAAAAAUAAAUACAGAAAGUAAAGAGGAUACAAAAAAUGAAGAACAAGAAAAGAAAGAAGAAAAAGAAAAAACAGAUAGUGAUAACAUUGUCAACAAAGAAGAUUAA